UUGCAAAAAAAUUUAAAUUACCCUUUCCUUUUUUUGCUGGGUUGCAGACGAGCCCCCUCCCCUGGAGGAUAUGUCCUCUCGGCUUCAGCUCAUCAACUUCGACUCGGCACUACAAGAGACAAUUUCCAAGAAUGCUCGCCGGCCAACGACACGAUCACAAGAUCUACUCCAUCUUGAGAAUGCAGGGCCAGCAAUACCUGCGUCAGCCGCCAGCAUCAUCGCCGACACCGCUAAGAGUGUGAGUGGUCAGAAAUCGGCCAAGUCAUCCGAACCGUCGAGGCGAGAUCCAAAGGAGGAACCGAAAAAUCCACCCAACUUGAAGCCACUCAUUUCUACCUUGUCCCCCCCCACCACUUCCACCAUCUCCAAUGCUGCCUGCUCUAUCUCCUCCUCCUCCUCCUCCCCCUCCUCCUCCUCCUCCACCUCCUCCUCCUCCUCAUCAUCAUCAUCAUCGUCGUCACCUUCUCGUUCCUCUCCAAACAUUUCCGCAUUCCCAUCAUCGUCUGUGUCAACAUCAUUAUCACCCUCAUCGUGUUCGCUAUUUCCAUCGCCCAACUCGGCAGCAACAAGGGGCAAAUGUAUGGGGGAUGUGACCAAGACCCCAACCAAGUCGUCGCCAUCCCAACCGCGGGCGGAUGCAAACAAAGGGCAGAAAGCAGCUAGUGCUCCAACGGAACGCUCAUCGAGUGCAGUGCCGGCGACGCUGAAAAAGGGAAACUUGGGAAAGGGCAGUGGGUCCAAACCCCUUAAACGUGGCUUUUUCGAUUCGCCGUUGAGCAAGCGGAAGGAUAAAGCAGAGAGCAUACCCUUCAUCAAAGCGCAAUCAGGAGGGAAACAUAGCAGCAUUCCUGAUUUUAUGCGAGUGGAGAUGCCCCAGAAUCCCAUGCAAAACCUCAAGCAAGACAUUGUCGAUGUAAUGAGACCUACACCAGACUUGCUGCAGGACAUCUCGAGCAACCCGGAAGUAGCAAAUGGCUUCAACGAUCCUGACGUCAUGGCGGCAGUCGCAGAGAUUGCCAGAGAUCCGACAGCUAUCCAGAAACACGCCGACAACCCCAAACUGUACAAAUUCUACACAAAGUUAGGGACCAUAAUUGAAAACCGCCUCGAGAAGAGUGGGAAGAAUAUUCCCAAACAACUGUCAGAACAGAAUGUUAAAAAUGCUCUUGAAUCCAACUUACUUCCGUGAAACACAUCUCUCUCUCUCUCUCUCUCUCUCUCUCCAACUUACACCGCCAGUACUCCCGAGAAGC